CUCUCUCUGCUUACAACCUUCUUCUUCCCCAUACCUCUGGAGAUCUCCAGAUUUCUCUCUCUGAUUUCGCCGGCGGAAAGGUUCUCCGUUUCUCUCGCCGGAAGUUUCCAAUUUCCAAAUUCUCCGAUUCAAUUUCCAAAAUCAUGGCGAUUAGGGUUACCUUCACGUACUCCAGCUACGUCGCUAGGAACAUCGCCUCAUCCGCCGCGGCUCGCGUCGGCGCCGGAGACGUCCGCUCAUGCUUCGAAUGCUGCUUGACCCGUCCCAGAACCUUCACACACAGUAGUCAGAUACCCGAUAGCUCCGGCUCAGCCCCUCCUCGCGUUCGCCCAGCUUCUUCCUCCUCCAUGUACAGCACCAUCGCGAGGGAGCUCCUCGAAGAAGGAAGCAAGAGUCCGCUCGUGCUGGGGAUGAUCUCGAUCAUGAAGCUAACCGCUUCUCCGGAUCUGCUAGGGAUGACCAACAAUAACAACGUCCUCGGGAUCUCGCCGCUAAAGGCUUCUUCUGUGAUCCCGUUCCUUAGAGGGUCGAAGUGGAUGCCUUGCAGCAGCAUUCCGGGGAUGGAUAUUGCUGCUGCUGACAUUGAUAGGGGAAGCAAGAGGGGUGAUGUUGAAGUGAAGAUGGAGUUGAGGAGUAGUAAUAAAGGCUCGAGCUUUGGAAACAACGGGUGGGUUAAUAAGCUGAUGAAUAUCUGCUCGGAGGAUGCUAAGGCGGCUUUCACGGCGGUUACUGUUUCUCUUCUCUUCCGUUCGGCUUUGGCUGAGCCCAAGUCUAUACCUUCAGCGUCUAUGUACCCUACUCUCGAUGUCGGUGAUCGUGUUAUGGCUGAGAAGGUCUCGUACUUGUUCAGAAGGCCAGAGGUUUCAGAUAUAGUUAUCUUCAAGGCUCCUCCGGUUUUGGUGGAACAUGGUUACAAUUGUACUGAUGUUUUCAUAAAGAGGAUAGUUGCAAGCGAAGGUGACUGGGUUGAAAUUUGUGCUGGAAAGCUCUUGGUGAAUGACAUCGUUCAAGUAGAGGAUUUUGUCUUAGAGCCAAUGAACUAUGAAAUGGAACCAAUGUUGGUCCCUGAAGGUUAUGUCUUUGUGCUAGGAGACAACCGGAACAAAAGCUUUGACUCGCAUAACUGGGGUCCACUUCCAAUAAAGAACAUCAUCGGAAGAUCCAUGUUUCGUUAUUGGCCACCGAGCAAAGUUUCGGUGGACACCGUACACCACCAUGAGCAAGUUAUGCAAAAGGGAGCUCUUGAUGUUUCAUAACCGGUACAGAUGUUUGUUGAUGCUUUUUAGGAUUAAGCAGGAGAUUGAAUAGAUGACGAGGUGGUGCCAUCCAUUUUGGCCCUGAAGCCGACCGAGCAAUUUUUUUCGCUCUGUGAACUCCUAUGGAGGACAUGGAAUGCAAUGGGAAAUCCCAAAAGAAAAGGAAAGAUUGAAACAUUUGUUUGUUGCUUUGAAUUUUUCGUUUGUUUGUUUGUGUUGAAUGAAACAAAAUGCAACCUAAUCAUUGUAAUGACAGUCGUUAAGAAUAGAGGUAGAAAAGUUUAGUUUCA